CCCGGAAGUAAAUAAGGGUCAGACCGCCCUGCACACUCCAUGCUUAAUUUACAAUACACUGUUGUCAUUUCAUAUAUGACAUGUUUCCUCGCCGAUUUUCCACUCUCGACCUUUUAAGAUCCAACGUUACGAAUAGCAACAUGUGUGACAGCCCAAUGCUGCGUUUUGCAUGCAGAAAAAUCAAGGUUUAAGUCGUUGCAAGGAGUGAAUCAGCAUCACAUCAGCUCUGCAAGAUCGCAUGCAAACAGAGAUGUCGGGCUUCAGUGCAGAACUCAUCGACUACCUGGAGGGUAGGAUCACCUUUGAGGAGUUCGACAGAAGGAGAGAGGAGCGAGAAGCAGCGCAACCAAGUGUCAAGCGUCUCGGGGAAGACGGCGAGGAAGAGGAUGUUCAGCCCAGUACCUCUGCUCAAGGCCUUGGGACCGCAGUGGAUGAGGGUGUGAGUCCAGUGGUCCAACAGGCCUUUGCUUCCAUGCUGGAAGAAAAGACACCUUCGACAGAUGACGACGACGACGACGAAGAACAGGAAGAGGAGGAGGAGGAAGAGGAGGAGGAGGAAGAUGAGGAUACCUUGAGCUAUGUGGACGACACCAAUGACGCUGACUUCUCGAUUGACGUGAAGAAGGUGUUGGAGAAGGAGGAGAGCGCCAGGGGGAGAGGAGGAGGUGGACGACGAAAGAGGAAGAAGAAGAUGAAGAAAGAAGAUGGAGGAGGAGGAGGAGGAGGAGGAGGAGGAGGAGGAGGAGAUGGAGGAGAUGGAGGAGGAGGAGAUGGGAGAGAGAGCCCUUCAGUAGGGGACAUCUUUGCCCUGGAGAUGGAGCUGAACCGGGAGAACAGCAAGAUGAUGAGGGAGCGCCGCCAUCGCAGUAAGCUGCCCCGAGCCCUCAGGGGCCUGAUGGGAGAAGCCAACAUCCGCUACGCCCGCGGAGAGAAGGACGACGCCAUCGUCAUGUGCAUGGAGAUCAUCAGACAAGCUCCGCUGGCGUACGAGCCCUUCUCCACGCUGGCCAUGAUCUACGAGGACGACGGCGACGUGGACAAGGCGCUGCAGUUCGGCCUGAUCGCCGCCCACCUGAACCCGUCCGACUGCGAGGAGUGGGUGAAGCUGGCCGACAUGUCCCUGGACCGGGACAACGUGCGCCAGGCCAUCAUUUGCUACAGCAAGGCCGUAAAGUACGACCCCACCAACGUGCGCUACCUCUGGGAGCGCUCGGGCCUCUACAUGCGCCUGGGCGAGCACAAGCAGUGCAUGGACGGCUACCGGCGCAUCCUCUCUCUGCUGCCCCGAGAGGAGGGCGAGCACUUCAUGACGCUCUCCAAGGACAUGGCCAAGAGCUACUUCGAGAGUGACGACCUGCCGUCGGCCCUGGGCGUGACGGAGGAGGCCCUGCUCCGUCACCCGGAGCUGGUCACCGACGACAUGAUCAACAUGGCCGCUGAGCUCUACCUGGCCGGGCACCAGCACAGCAAGGCCCUGCAGGUGCUGGUGAAGUUCUCUGGUAUCGUGUUGGUGAGGAAAGCCCCAGAUAAGACUGCAGAUCAGAUUCCAGAUCAGAUCCCAGAUAAGAUUUCAGAUCAGACGCCAGAUAAGACCUCAGAUCAGAUCUCAGAUAAGACCUCAGAUCAGAUCCUAGAUAAGACCUCAGAUCAGAUCUCAGAUAAGACCUCAGAUCAGGUCUCAGAUAAGACCUCAGAUCAGAUCUCAGAUAAGACCUCAGAUCAGAUCCUAGAUAAGACCUCAGAUCAGACCUCAGAUAAGACCUCAGAUCAGAUACCAGAUAAGACCUCAGAUCAGAUACCAGAUAAGACCUUAGAUCAGACCUCAGACCAGACCCAAGUUCAGACCUCAACUCAGACCUCAGAUCAGAUCUCAGAUUCCGUCACCAAAUUGGAACCAAACCAGAGGGAGAAGGAGGGAGAGACGGAGAGAACGGCGACGGGAGGCAACGGGAUGGAGGGCGUGGAGGGUGGGGAGACAGGGAAGGCAGGAGAGGGAGAGAACGGGCAGGAGAAGGAGGGAGGGAAGGUGGGAGAGGGGGAGGAAGGAAUGGAGUGGGAGGGGGAGAAGGAGGGAGGGAAGGUGGGAGAGAAGGAGGGAGAGGGAGGGCAGGACAAGGAGGGGCUUAAAGACGGAGAGCAGCCGACGGCGGUGGAGGAGAAAGGAGCAGAGGCUGCUGGGAAGGUGGAGGAGCUGGGUGAGAUCGUGGAGGUGGAGGUACCAGACAGUGUCCCGGUGGACAUCCGGGCCAAGCUGAUGGUCUGCCUCAUCCACCAGCACGUCUACACCCCCCUGGACGGCCUGCUGACGGAGAUGAUGGGCCAGAGCCCGGAGGAGGUGGGCGACCUCCACCUGGACGUGGCCGAGGCCUUCCUGGAGGAGGGGGAGUUCAGCUCCGCCCUGCAGCUGCUCUCCGCCCUCGUCACCUCCGUCAAGUACAACCUGGCCGUCGUCUGGCUACGUCACGCCGAGUGCCUGAAGGCGCUGGGGCACCUGGAGGCGGCGGCGGAGAGCUACGACCGCGUGGUGGAGAUGGCCCCGCAGCACCUGGGGGCCCGCCUCUCUCUCUCCACGCUGCAGCAGCAGCUCGGGCGCCCCGAGUCGGCCCUCAAGGCCCUGGAGCCCAUGUACGACCCCGACACGCUGGCCCAGGACUCCUCCGCCACCCAGAAGGAGCUGAAGCUGCUGCUGCACCGCUCCACCCUGCUGAAGACCCAGGGCCAUCUGCAGGACUACAUAGACGCCGUCAUCACCAUGAUCUCCCUGCUGCUCAAGGUGGCGAUGACGCGGUCGUGCGUGUGCGUGCGCUCCGUGAUGGUGGCCGGGAAACGCCACCGGAGGCUGGUGAAGGUCAAGGACAUGACCACGGAUGACGUCACCGACCAGGAGGCGGCCUACCAGGACAUCAGCGGGAAGACCAGCGUGCUGUCCCGGGAGGAGUGGUGGCAGCUGCUGGUAGACUGCGUGCACACCAUGUGCGAGGUGGGCCGCUACCAGGAGGCGGAGCUCAUGGUGGACUCGGCCAUGGAGUUCUACUCCUUCUACGAGAACAAGCCCAAGAGGAAGCAGCUCGAGUUCUUCGGCCUGUCUGCCGCCUUCCUGGACCACAACUACCGCAAGGCCUACGACUACAUCAGAAUCAUGCUUAUGGACACCUCUGAUGCUGAAAGACCUCAGCUGUGGAACGUCUUCAACCAGGUGACGCUGAACUCACAGCACCAGCGUCACCACCGCUUCUGUCUGCGCCUGAUGCUGAAGAACCCCGACAACCACGCGCUGUGCGUCCUGUGUGGACACAACGCCAUGGUGUCGGGCAGCUUCAAGCACGCCCUGGGCCAGUACAUGCAGGCGUUUAGGACCCAUGGCAGUAACCCCAUGUACAGCCUCUGUGUGGGGCUCACCUUCUUCCACCUGGCCGCUCAGAAGUUUGUCUCCAAACGACACCCGCUCGUGCUACAGGGCUUCUCCUUCCUGUGGCGCUAUGUGGAGCUGCGGGGCGAGUGCCAGGAGAGCCUGUACAACCUGGGCCGCGCCCUGCACCAGAUGGGCCUCGUCCACCUGGCCAUCCACUACUACCACCAGGCCCUGGCACUGCCCCCACCUGCCCUGGAGGGUAUAGAGGCGGAUCAGGUUGACCUGAGGAGAGAGAUUGCCUUCAACCUGUCUCUCAUCUACCAGGCCAGUGGCAACACACACCUGGCCCGCCAGACCCUCUACACACACUGUGUCAUCUAAACACGAAUACACACCAACAUUCAGGCGUGUAUUCCUACACAAACCGAGGGUGAUGUUUGUGGAUUUAGGACUGCAGUCUGGAGGCUUUUCCAAAAGCAGUGCUGUAUGGAUUAAGGUCGAAAUUGCUUUUAUUUUUGUGGGAUUAAUAUCCGGUUAAUUUCAGGUGAUUUUGUGUUUUCAAGGAGCAUUUUGCAAAUACUUUUUUUGCAGCAUUUCCUUCAUUUUUUGGAAUAAUAUUUGAGAGGUUGCUUGAUGCUUUUUAGAAGAUUGGUAUAAAUGUUUUAUUUUUUCUAUUGCCUAUGUACAAAAAACUGUAGCCUAUUUUGUUAAUAAAUUAAAAUACUCAAUUAAAA